CGAUUCCUAGCAAGUAAUUUUGGUUCGCUUGGCCCAAAAGAUAUGUUUGGCAUUCUCAGAUUGUUUUGUAUUUCGAUAAUUAUACGAUAGUGAACUGAACAUUUUUAUAGUUGUAAUAAAAAUAAUAAAUUCAUGGAUUUCUAAAGUGCAGUAUAAUUAUUCUUCAAUAAUAUAUAACCGAUUUAAAAUACGUUAUUUAUAUCUGCAAAGGAGGGAAAAUAAAAACUUAAAUUUAUUCUCAAACAGAAAGUUUAGAAAAAAUGUUGGAAGUUGUGUGUAAUGAUCGACUAGGAAAAAAAGUUCGCGUUAAAUGCAACAAUACAGACACAAUUGGCGAUUUGAAAAAGUUAAUCGCUGCUCAAACCGGAACACAUUGGGAGAAAAUAGUACUGAAAAAAUGGUACACGAUUUUCAAAGAUCACAUUACACUUCAGGACUAUGAAAUACACGAUGGGAUGAAUCUGGAACUAUACUACCAAUGAACGGAUGUAUCUAAGAAAUUAAAUAUAUUUUAUUAUUAAUUACAAUUUUUUUAUUCGUGACACUGUAUCUAUAAUCUCUGCUUCAGUUUUGAUGUACAAAGUUAAUGAAGUAACUUGAGAGAAUGAAUAAAGCCGAGAUUCAAUUUGAGUAU